AUGUUCGUCUUUGGCUCGUCGUCCAACGCCUCGGGCAAGACUUGGAAGUUUCAUACCGAGAAAAAUGAUGCACUCAAAACAGAGAAGCCAAUUUCGAGUAAUCGAAGUACUUUGCCAGAACAGAAUCUAACAUUAUUGGCCGCUGCAGUCAAGGCUCAUACUGAGGGUAUUAAGAAAUCCGAAACUGAAAAGCCAGUGACGAACAUCCGAAGUGGUUUAUGGUCACCAGAACAGAACUUCCCUAUUAUACAAUCGUCUAAUGUUCCAGUCACAAAGAUCAAGAAAAUCUAUUUUCGCGGCAAAGCGAUCAUAAUUCGACUACCGAGUCACGAUGAGAGGCAGCCGAGGAGGGUAACUGAAGCUGAUUAUGAAGAUAAAUUCUAUUCAUGGAUGGCAGCUCAUCAAACUAUCAUUUCUACACCGACGGCUCUAGUUGAUAAGCAGGAGACCGCCGGUAAUUACGACGAUCCUGCCAAAAUCUCAGAAGAUUUAAAAUCCCUUCAGAUCGGCACAAGUGAGAAUGCUAAAGGGAGCAAGGAGGCAGACGGCAAGUUAGGUCUGAAAAACAGUACACCUGGUAGUGGUGAAGGCGAACUCAAAACGAAGAAAAGUCCUAUAGUCGAUGCUGAAGAACAAGGCACUCAACCUAGCAAAGAUCAAUCACUCGGAAUAUCUUAUACUGGCGCUGAUGGCUCCGAUGAAGUUGACGAUGACUCGAUCGGGAAAUAUUUCAUCUACAGAACGAACGAAUCAUUUCAUGCCAGAAGUUACGAUGCAGCGAUCUGGGACUCGGAUGGCGAAAAUGAUCAAUCUUAUGCCUCACCUAUUUCAGGCAGUGAAGCAGACUUUGAAGGAUCGGAUAUUGACAUUGAAGAAGAUGACGCUGAUGACGAAGGGAGCGAAAGUGGUUCUUCUAAUGACUACGACGAUGCCUCUAUAGAAGCACUUUUAUCAGAGUUAAAACCCGAGAAUGAAAGAGUCAACAGCCCAAGCGGUUCAUUCCAGGGUCCUCCAGGCCAAGUUAGCGAUUUGACUCUUGACGACAUAGACAAUUUUUUGUAUACCGCUGCAAACGUUAUUUCUGGCGAGGCAUUCAUACGGCUCAAACCGAUCCAUAAUCUGAUCGAGAAUCUGAAUGGCGUGGAUCUUCUAGACGCCACCUGGCGAUGUAUAGAGAAUUGGGAUGGCCAAUCUCCUAAUCUAUAUUCGGAUCAAAUGAAACGCCUCCUAGCAACAGUCGAGAAUCUAAAUGACUUUGUUGUCACAGAGUGUGCAGACAUCGACCCUUUCAAACAUCAUCAUCUCACGAUGGGUUUGAGAAAAAAAGAGCUCGACGAAACACUGCAGAGGAUGCAAAAGAAGGGUGAUUGGAGGCUACGGAUUCUUCUGCAGAGUUUGUUGAGAAGUUGGGAUGGAGAGAAGUGCAUGGAAUUACUUAGCAACGAGUUGCUCGAGUCGGCUCCUGACGAGUUUGAUAACAUGUUACAGGAGGCUUUUGAUGUUGUUUACUCUGAUUCGAAUCUGGUGGAUACCGUGCAAUGA